AUGAGCAGUUCUUCAUCCUACGCCCCCACCGAUGACUCCCAGGUCGAGUCUGGAUCCGAGUUGGAGUACGACGAGCAGAGUCCCGGACGUGAAAGGCGCUCCUCUUCACGACAAAGAACCUUGCCAAAAUUCUUGGAUGGAGGUCAAACCGAGAAAGCCAAUGAAAAAUUUGACGUGGACAAGGGUGAUAUUGCCCAACAAGCCUAUAAUGAACACAUUCGCACCCUGCCGCCGAAAGCCCUCGAGGGCUACACCGCGCUACUAAAACAAAUGGAGAACGAAAUUACAUUUACAGCUGCUACCGAGAAUGAUGAGGGAAAUAAUGUGUCACAACAUGGAGCUGUAAUCUGGACAGCGACUGAGAAGGAUAUCUUCUACAACAUCUUGGACCGCAGGGGAAAGAAUGGCAUCAAGGAGAUUGCUGCCGCGAUCGCAACAAAAUCCGAGUUGGAGGUAAUGGAGUAUCUCAGGAUCCUCCACAAGGGCUUAGAAAAGCAUCACACGCAUGAGCGACAUGUCAAGACCAUCACCAUCGGUGACGUCCCUGCGGCUGCCGAGGUUAGCCAGGAUUGUUGUGCCGAGCUGGACAAAUACGCAGCCACCUUGACAAUGCAGGAAAGUGCCCUGGCUGGACCGGCUCUUAGGCGACGAUACAACGACUAUUGGAUUAUUGAUGAAGCUCAGGCGAAAUCCCUGUCCGAUCUUGAGACUGACGUUCCCAUGCCAGGGGGCAUCAACCUAGCUGCCAAUCUUUUGAAUACUCCAAUGUGGAUCCAGCUUUCUCGACGGCUGUUCAUGAACUUUGGUGGCUCACGCAUUGAUGACAACUGGGUACAUAUCAUCAAAUCAAAAGAUGAAUCGCCAUCUAUGACUGGAGAUGCAUAUAUGAAUUUCUAUGCUCUGGUGGUCAGCAUCACGCGCCGGCUUGUCCACUCGUCACUCUUUUUUGCCAUGUGUCGACUGCGUAGCUCACGUCGAGUGGGUGCUGACAGACAAGGUGCUGUUCGCAAACAAGACGUGAAGGCGGCUAUUAGCACCCUAGGCAUGCAAAAUACUCGUCCCAACCUUGCCAAGCUGACGGCCUGUCAUGAUCUAAGUAUCAUAGACGUUCGCAAGCGGAAGGGCUGGGUCGCUCGCAAAUUUACCUCCGACGAGGCAGCAUUGAUUUUAGAUGGCGAGGACGACUACUUUGAACAAACGCGAGAUUCACGUCUGACCACUGAAUCAAGCGGUGACGAGGACAGCGAUGAGGAUAGCGAUGGAGACAACGACGGAGAUAGCCACGAGGAAAGCUCCGAUGGCGAGGCUAACUACAGAUCGCCGAGUAGAAGGAGGAGUCCCUCACAGGACUUCGAACUGUCCUCUCCCCUAUCUUCUCCCGAUGAAGGGCCUCUGGAUCCAGAAGAAGGCUAUGCAGAGAAUGUCGACCAAGAAAAUAGCCGAAGUGAAGAAUUGAAAUUAUGGCGGAUGCUACAACAGCCCGCUCCGCUCUCUCUGGGAGAACCCCUGUCCUCUGAAGAAGAUGACAAGGAAAAAAAUAAAGAGCUUGCCGCGCAAAAGCCUUUUGGCGAGCGCAGGACUAAGCAAGAAUUGGUGGACUGGCGAGAUCGUACAUUACACCGCAGUGAAUGGGAGGAAUAUGGAUAUGAUAUCACAGAGCUCGAGGAAGGUCUUGUACAGAAUCGGCAUAAACGGCGUCGCAUCGACGAUGAGCCGCAACCUUUAUCUGCUUCGGUCGUCAACAGUGAUGAUUCCUCUCCUGAAGGACCGCAGCUUGGCGCAGAAGAAAACACUCGAGUUGAUCUCCCGGCCUAUGGAUCAGAGGCAUGGCAGGCGUUCAUUCAUUCGUUGACGAUUAAUCACUCGACCGAGAACGCAGAAUAG